CUUGAAGCUGGUUGUAAUUGUUUGCUCUUGAAGUAAAAUGUCUGCAUUAAGCGUCGUCAUGAAUAAAUCGCUUCCUUUGUUGACUUAUAACCGCAGGUACUUGCCAUUGUUUUUCUUUGCUGUUUGUUGUGUAGGAUCUUUAUUAAAGGACCUGGAUGUUGUUCCUAAGUCGCACUUCAGCAGCAGAACAAACCCGUUAAACGUCUAUUUUGUGAAAGUCUCCUGGGGAUGGAACCUGGUCCUGUUAAUACCCUUUAUAUUUCUGUCCAACUCCUACAACAGAAACCUCAUGUUCGUGUCCAAACGCCUCGCAUCUCUUGUGGUAGCCACAGCCUAUUGGUACAUCUGCACUGAGAUUUUUUUUUACAUUGAAAAUGUCACAGGUAAAUGCUACGAGUCACCCGACAUGGAAAAGAUCCAAGAGGGUUUCAGCACAAAGACAGACUGCAAAAAUGCUGGCAACUAUUGGGAAGGUUUUGACAUUUCCUGCCAUUCCUUCAUUUUAUCUUAUUCAACACUUCUAAUCAUAGAAGAAAUGGUUCCAAUGCUUCACCUUGUGAAACACUGCACAACCAGACCCGUAAUCCUUGAUGCCCUGUACCUCGCUCUUAGUGCUAUUUCACUUAUCUGGGUGUGGAUGUUUGCCUGCACUUCAGUGUAUUUCCAUAACAUGACCCAGAAGCUUCUGGGCACUGGGAUAGGUGUGUUUGGUUGGUGUGUGACCUAUAAGUGCUGGUACGUGAAACCUUUUUCACCUGGACUGCCUCCUACCCUGAGUGACCCUAAACAAUAUGACUAGACUGAAGUCUUGAAAUAAGUGCAGUGGAACAAACUAUAGUGAUGGCGAAGUGAAGCUUUCUUGAAGCAGUGAAGCUUUCAACCCAAUUGUAUCAGAAAAAGGUUCAUUACUCAAAGCUUUUCAAAUCAGAGCUCGAUGAGGACCUCUGCUGGUGAAAGCGCCAUCACAGAAUGUUCCACAACCAAACAACGUAUUAAUUUUAGAAGCAAAAAUUAAUUAUUUGACAAAUUAAGGAUAGAUUAAUAAAUAAAUGAAUGAAUCAAUAUAUUAAAUACAUGACCAAAGCAUGUUCCAUUGCAUACGCAUGGUAACUCCAAACAAAAAUGUAAUAACUUUUUGUAUAGUGAAUGUGGACAUUUUGACUGUUUUUAGAAAAAAUCUAACUCAUGAAUGUUGAAGGUACAUAAGUGCAGACACACUUUUACACAAUUAUAAAUCUUUAGCUCUCUCUUUCUCCUCUGUAAACCUUUUCUCCACCAUUGUCUUCAAUGUUGGCCUUGAUGGGAGUGUAAUGCAGGUUUUCCUGUAGCAUGUUUGAAAUAUUAGCUAAAUACCUACAUGUAAAUAUCAUACAUUAUGACACUUUAUUGCUGCAUUUGGGACUAAAAGUAUUGAAUGCUCUGCCUUUAAGAUAUUUGUAUGUAACCUAAGUGGCUUGUCUUGAUUGAUUAAAACCUUAAAGUCGCAGUUA